AUGGCAUCCCUCGAAUCAUCAGUCCCCGAGAUCUAUGGAGAGUUCAUCACAGGAAACUGGGUAGUGAACAAGAAGAAGGAGGUUCCCUUCUGUGCUGUUGGUGGUGAUACUGCGUUGGAGCACCUCAAUCGAUCUAUGAAAGUUUCUGGUGGGCUUGUAGGGAUCACUUUGAAAGAGAGCGCACGAGCCAAGUUUUUCCUCAUUGCCCCAGAACUAGCCCGACUCACAGCAGAAGCCAAGGCAAUGGCGGGUCUCGUUCCGGAACGUGCACACCAUCAAGAACUAAACUCAGCUGUUUUGACGCAAGAAGAUAACAGCAUAAAUAAGUUGACCGAGACAAUCAAGACCUUCACCAAUCCCUUUUCAUCAGACCAGAACACCAACACCGAUCUCUACAACUUGGUCACAAAAGUUGUGAUGAAUGAGAAAACGAAGAAAGAUCUUGUUAAUCAGAGUGAAGAAGGGAGAAAGCUAUUCAGUGCUUUUGUACAAGAUAGGAUCAGGACAGGAAAGAUCAACCUCUGGGCUCCUGUGAAGACGCACAAUCUUCUUACCUGGAAAACGAGUGCUAAGGUCAUCAAAGUCAAAGCUAAAGACACGAUCAUCGAGUUAAAGGAGGACAGAAAUCUGUUUGCUCGUUUGGCGAUGGUGUCCAAGAGCCGCCCAGAAAUUGACAUCCAAGAGGCUGUUGGCUUAUAG